CCCCCAACAUCAACAAAUCUCCUUCCUUGACAUGCCUUUUCUCCACGUGUGGGACGUGAACGGCGGGCGGGUCGCCGCGGGAGCGAAUACGAAAUGACGGUCGAAAAUAUGGAGACAGUCCUGAACCGGCUGCUGGUUGCUGACAAUAAUGUUAUUCAGCAGGCCACCGAGGAGCUGAAGACGCUGCUGCAGCAGCCGGGCGCUGUGGAACAGCUGUGCGCCGUGCUGGGCACAUCCUCCAGUCCGCAGGUUCGCCAGUAUGCCGCCGUCAUCCUCCGCAAGCGGCUCGCCAAGGCGCGCAUGUGGGCCAAGCUGGGCGACCAGUUUCAGAACAGGCUGAAGGAGGAGAUCCUGCGCGUGCUGGCCGCCGAGCCGGAGCGCUUCAUCAAGAGCUCGAUCGCCCAGGUGGUGGGAACCAUAGCCAAGCACGAGCUGCCGGAACAUCGGUGGCCGGCACUGCUCGACUUCCUCUCGCAGACCAUGACAUCGGAGAGCCUGCAGGAUAAGGAGCUGGGAAUCUACACGCUGAGUAUCAUCAGUCAGAGCUGCGCCGAGCAGCUGUGUCCGCACGUCGCCACGCUGCUGAACCUGUUCGGUCUGCUGCUGGCCACGCCCAGCCCGGCCGUCCACUACCACGUCAUCCUGGCCAUGACCAACCUGACGCCCGUCAUGAGCAGCGACCAGCUGACCGGCUUCCAGGCGCUGCUGCCGCCCGUGCUGCGCUCCAUCAGCGGCCUGGCCGGGCACGACGAGGACCAGGCGAUGGAGGCGCUGGACCUGGUGGACGCCCUGGUGGAGCAGGAGGUGGCCAUCCUGGUACCCCACGUGCCGGCCGUGGUCGAGCUGUGCCUCCGACUGGCGGCCGACGCCAAUCUGGGCGAGCCGCUGCGCUGCAAGGCGCUCCACUGCAUCGACUGGAUGACGAGGCUCAAAAAGAAGGUGAUCACCAAGCACAAGCUGGUGGAGCCGAUUCUGUCGGUGGUGAUGCCGCUGCUGUGCACCAAGUCUGACGACGAUGAGGACGACUCUGAGGUCACGGAGGAGAGUAACACCCUGGUGACGGCCUCCACCCGGCUCAUCGACUCGCUGGCCAUCAACCUGCCGCCCGAGAAACUGCUGGCGCCGCUGUUGCAGCACGUGCAGCUGCUGCUGGAGAGUAACGACGAGUACCAGCGCAAGGCGGCCUUCCUGGCGCUGGCCAUGACCGCCGAGGGGUGCUCGGAGCGCGUGCGCACCAAGUACCUGGCCGGCUGGCUGCAGCACGUCUGCGCCGGCAUCCAGCACCCGAGUACAGUGGUGCGCAACGCGGCGCUGUUCGCGCUCGGACAGUUCGCCGAGCAUCUGCAGCCGGACAUUGCCAAGUACUCGACGGAGCUGAUGCCGGUGCUCUUCACCUACCUUGCCUCCAUCACCAGCACUCUGCAGUCGGGCGGGAAGGAUCCACCAGGCUGCGACCGCAUGUUCUACGCGCUGGAGACGUUCUGCGAGACGCUGGGCGAGGACGUGAUGCAGUACCUGCCGCCGCUGAUGCAGAACCUGCUGCAGCUGCUGCAGCUGCCCGGCGACGGCCACCAGCACGUCCGGGAGCUGGCCAUCAGCGCGGUGGGCGCGCUGGGAAACGCCGCCAGGGAGGGCCUGGUGCCCUACUUUGAACCGGUGAUGAUGGCGCUGCGCCAGUACCUGCUGGCUGAGAGGAGCGGCGAGAACGGAGAGUUGCAGGUGCAGGCGCUCGACACCCUCGGCGUGCUGGCCAAGACGAUCGGGCCGGCCACGUUCGGGCCGCUCUGCGGCGAGUCGAUGACGCUGGGCAUCUCGCUGGUGGAGAAACACGACGAUCCAGACAUGCGGCGCGCCGCGUACGGCCUGUUCGCCUCCGUCAGCACGGUGAUGAAGGAACAGAUGCAGAGCUACCUGCCCAAAAUCACCGAGUGGAUGUGCGAGACGCUGGCCAGCAUCGAGGGCGUCACGCUGCAGUACCGAGACGAGGAGGGCACCGCGCCGGCCGUCCUCGAACUGUUUGAGGACGUCUCGGCCGGCGAUGAGGACCUCGAGGACACGGCCGAUGAGGACGAUGACGAUGAGGACGUCACAGGGUACAACGUGGAGAACAGCUACCUGGACGAGAAGGAGGACGCCCUCAACUCCCUGCGCAUCCUGGCGGAGGAGUGCGGCCCCGUCUUCCUGCCACACCUGGAGAAGUGUUUCGACGAGACGUACAAGCUGCUCAUCCACCCGCAGGACGACAUCCGGAAGGCGGCCGUGGACGCGCUGGCUCAGUUCUGCGUGUCGCUGUCGCGCUCAGACGCCGUGGAAGGUCUGCAGCAGGCGCUCUCCGUGUUCGUGCCCAAGAUGCACGAGCUGGUGAAGACAGACGACGAGGCCAUCGUGGUGAUGUCGGCACUCGAUGGGUACGCCGAGGUGCUCAAGGCCGUCGGGCCGCCCGUGCUGAAGGGAGAGGGACACCUCGACGCCAUCCUCAACUCGGUUCGCGACGUCAUGGCUUACAAGACGGCCUGUCAGGACCAGCGGGAGUCGGACGAGGACGACUCCGAGUACGACGAGAUGCUGAUCGAGUACGCCGGGGACGUGGUGCCCAGCCUGGGUCGCGCCCUGCCCACCCAGCAGUUCAUCCAGGUCUUCAUGGACCUCUACCCGCAGCUCCUCAACAAAACGAAGCGGACGCGUUCGGACACGGAGCGCUCGUUCGCCGUCGGCUGUCUGGCCGAGUGUCUCGAGUUUCUCGGCGAGGAGGCCGUGCGGCAGCUGUUCGCCCAGCUGCUGGCCAUCUUCCUGGCGGCUGCUGGAGAUGCCGACUCGGAUGACGUUCAGAGUAACGCCGUGUUCGGCCUGGGCGAGCUGGCGCGUCGCGCCGGCGGUGAGACGUCCCGCUCCGAGUUCCCGGCCAUGCUGUCCGCGCUGUCGGGAGCGCUCGGCUCCACCAAGAAGCACCGGACGCGCGACAACAUCUGCGGGGCCGUGGCCCGGCUGAUCCUGGUCGACACGGACGCUGUGCCCAUGGAUCAGGUGUUCCCCGUAUUCGUGUCCUGUCUGCCGCUGCGCGAGGAUUUCACGGAGAACGAGACGGUGUUCCGGUGUCUGGCGCACCUGUACGGUCGGCGCCACCCGUGUCUGGGCGGCCACAUGGCAGAGCUGCUGAGCUGCGCGGCCACCAUCCACGCCACGCGGCAGGAGAAGGAGGGAGAGACGGCCACUCUGGUGCGCGAGUUCGUGCUGAGUGUUCGCCGCGACUUCCCCGACCAGUACUCGGGCCUGGUGCCCACGCUGCCGGCCGAGUUGCAGAACAAGCUGGCCGCCAUCAGCUGAUGGCCGCGGCCGACUGGUCACCGACAGUGCCCCCACCAGACCGCCGCUAACACCGCCGCGCCAGCGGUAACCGAAUCAACUGAAACGGAGCCACGACGAGCCGCGCCCGGACAGAGUUUGUGAGUGCUGCCGCCGUGUCUCCGUACUCUAUGAAUGGGUACACGGGCGCGACGGUGUCUGUGAUCCUGAUCUGAUCAGUUUCCUACGCAGAUGAGUUCACAUCGGAUAAAAGGGUAGGUAUACAUAACGUAUAGUAUUCACACGCCCGCUAAACAGUGACCACAUCUGCUCGGAUCCGUGUCCGGUCGUGUAACAUGCCUACUAAGCAAGAAAAAGUUAUGUUUCACUUUUCUGGGGACUAGUCUAACGGGCUGCAGCCUAUGCGUCACACUUGUUUUCGUGUGACUGUUGUCUGGUGCGUGUUUGUUUUGGGGAGGAGGGGGCAGAAGUGUUACCAAGCGGAAUAGUCACGGGCCCAGGCCAGCGGCGGAGGCCCGGUCACUGCCGGAGUCCCCGAUACGGGCCGUGGGAGCCGCGUCCUCGGAUAUACGGGCGUUGCUGAGCGUUUUGAUGGCGCAUUUGAUAGUUUUACAUUUUAUGGCGGUGCGAAAUGCGCGCCGCUGAUUUGUCAAUAAACGACAGUGUUGCUA